UGUUGCAGCUCGUCUGCAUAUUAAUUGCUGCAUCAUGUGACAUGAACACACACGUGUGUGAUGCUGUGAGUCCUGAGUGUCGCUGGAACGUCUGCACUUUGUCACUUAUCUGUUUUCUCUCUGGCUGUCCUCCAUGUUGGUCUGGAGAUAAAUAGACGAGGUGUGGCUGAGCUGCUUUCAGCUCCUUAUCCCGUCUCAACAGUUUUUCUGCUGUGUGUGUGUCGGCAGGCUGCAGAGGCCACGCUGGCUGCUGGACGCUGGACGCUGACGGCCGCACUCUGAUCAUCUGCUCCCCAGACGUUUGAAGUUUGAAGAGGAUUCGAAUCGACCACAAAGCCCGUUAAACUAUGACCGAGUUAGAGGCUUCGGGUCCGGGGGAACCGCCGCCGCCCUACAUCAUCUUCCUGGUGGUUUUCCUCUUCUUCCUCACUGGACUGCUGGGCUUCCUCGUCUGCCACCUGCUGAAGAAGAAGGGAUACCGCUGCCGGACCGGAGACAUGGACGAAGACGAGGAGGAGGAGGAGAAGCUGGAAGGAGACGCAGACGAUGAAGACGAAGAGAACCAGGACACCGUGGAGCAGAUCCUCAAAUGCAUCAUUGAAAAUGAAGCAAAUAUGGAAGCCUUCAAUGAGAUGUUGGGAAACCGCAACGUCUGUGUGCGUCAUGACCCCAGGUUGCGUAAGGAGUCCAUCGGUGGCGUUCCUCCCCAUCACCACACAGUCCACUCAGGCACCGACCACAACUCCUGCCACCUCUGUGCCCAGGUUCGGUCCAAAAAGGGCCGGAGACAGAGCAGAACUCCACGGUCCAAACAGCGACCUGGAGAGCAGACGGUCUUCUCUGUUGGAAGGUUCCGGGUGACCCACACCGAUAAGAAGCCCCACGGAGGCAUGAAUCCGUUGGCCAUUUCUGGAGACCAGCUGGACCAAUCUCAGGAUAGUGAUGAGCGCAAAGAGGGCGGAUACAACCUGAGGAGCAUGUUUAAAGAAGUCAGGCCGCCUCCAGAAAGUGCCAAUGGGAUGGCUGCAAACAUGGGGAAACGAAGGAAGAGUGUGACCAUAUUUGGGCUGCGGCGGGGCAGUGACCCGGUCGCUGUUAAAGGAGGGGAGGGGCCAGCGAAGGAGGCUGUAGGGCUGAAGUUUGCAAUUCAGCAGCAGCCUCUGGUUCUGGAAGAAGCCAUGCAGGCACACAACAUUAAAGCUGAUCCUGAACGAAGCACAAAACUUGCUGCCAAACUGGAAAGUGAGCUGAAAGCUUCUGUUACUUCUCCCUCAUCUAAAAGUCCAAAACUCUCCCGGGACUCUGGUCCUGAGGAAGCUGCUAAACUUGGCUCCAGUCCUGAACCUCGAGCAGUGAUGAUGAUCCAACCUUCUGCUGUUAGUACAGCAUCUUCUGCCCCCAGUUCUCUUCCUAUUGCAUCUUUGAAAAGACUAGAUGGUGAGGAAAAGGUUUUAAAACCUGAGGAGGCGUAUGAUCCUGGACCCCUGCAGACCUCUACACCCAUCGCCCCAGUGCCUGGAUCAGCCCCAGGCUUCGUCCCUAACAUACCUACCGACCAGCCCGAACCCUGUUCUACUGCAGGGUUCCCAGUUAUCCAAACUCCUCCUGACCCAAGCUCCAGCCCAAAUCCACAACCAGGUUCUGGUGUUUCCUUAGCUUUAAUAAGCUUAGGUUCAUCCCCUCCAUCUCCCUUUCCAAUCAAGACCCCAUCUUCAGCCUCUUUGUUGAAAACUCCGACCCCACCGCUCACAGGAACACCAAGCGUGGGAAACAAGCCAUCCCAGGCUGCAGAAACCGUCUCCUCUCCAGCACCUACACCAAGUCCGAAGCUCCUGAGCAGCAGAUCCCCUCUUUCAUCGUUAUCCUUUGGACAAAGUUCUAGUCCUCUACAGGCCGAUUCUCCAUCACCACUUGCUGACCCCAGACAUCAAACCCCUUCUUCUACUCCAGCUGACCAGAACUUGUCCUUCCCAAGUUCACCUCGUCUUACUGUGAAGUCAGGAAGUGUGACGUCUGUAACAUCUACGACCAAAGGAGAUGUGGUUUCAAGUUCAUCAUCGUCAAAGGAGCUAAAGCUUGAAGGAGCCAAAACCCCAAAGGCCGAAGAAAAGACAGAAAUUAAAAGAGCUGGAAUUCUGAAAGCAUCGAAGCUUUCACCAUCUGCAACAGACGACUCUACAGGUUCUUCAUCUGAUCAGCUUUUUAAAGACAGACUGAGCAGUUUGCCUUUGUCACCCUCCUCACCACAAGGGGGCAGUAUAAGUAGUGUGACCAUAGUUAAAGCCAGCCCUGACAGCAGGAGAGAGUUCUCUGUUGUCACCACAGCAGAGGAAGAAGAAUCCUCAGAGAACGACCAGAGAGGAGAAACUUCUGCACAGGGAGGAGAAGUUGGACAACCUGAGAGCACAGAAACUACUGGAGCAGAAGUUAAACCAACGCUGGGUCCAGAGAAGGACGACAUGAUGGAGAUGGAAGACAUUAGAGACUGCAAGGUGACGCAGGCGGAAGAAGAGGUGGAGAACAUGGAGCUGAAACAGGACUGAGAGAAGACAUGUGGACACCAGUUCAAGACGUGAUGAUCCAAAGAAAGAAGUUCGAAGCCACUCAGUGGACGAAGAAAGUAGCACGAACAAAAGAAACGAACAUGAACACACUCAAUCUUUAUUGACAGCAGUGAUUUCAGGCUGACUGGUGACCAAAUGGAAGGAUUUUGGCCUUUUAGAAUAUUCCCACCGUUUUGUUCUUUAGCUUUUCAGCCAUGCAGUCGGCCCACUUUGGUCCAGACCAACAUCAGGUGAUGGUCACUUUGUGAUUCUUAAAGAUGAACCCUUCAGACUCUCAGACUGGUGCCACCAUGAGGUUGAUGCCUGUUGUGACUUAUAGGGAACCCCCAUCGUCCUGAUGGUGUCCGGUGACGUCCAACAGGUCACUUAUCCAAACUAACAUAUGUUGUUGACAUGUGUGUUCUCCAGAUGAUGAAUCAAAUCACUUUGUAGGCGUCCUGAUUGUUCCUUCAGAGCUCCCAUGAGGAUCAUGUUUGUGGCCAUCUUCACAACUAUUGGAUGAACUAUGGUGACAUGACUGGUGCACACCUUCCUUCUCCCCUCAGGACGGAGCACUUUGUUCUCCUCCAGCAUUUCUGUUCAGCUCCAUCACUUCUGCAGUACAUUACUUUCUGAUGAAGAAGCUGUUUGAUUAAUGAGCUGUGAACACAGUCCAACCAUCCCAUAGUUGUGUAGAUGUUCCAGCCAAACCCACAGAUGUCAUCCUCAUGAUGACGCUGACAGAAGUGUUCAGGGUGAACCAUCGAGGAACCAGGAUUCUCCUCUUCUGUGAUUCUGGACCAAAGCGAUGAGCCAGCUGCCUGAUAAACCAGGUGCUGCCACAUGACGUAUUUAAGUAAAUCUAGUCUGCUUUGGAAUAAAACAUGAAGACUUAGUGUUUGCUGUCAAAGAACCAACAAUCCGAGGACAUUUCUUCGUACUACACAGAAAUGAAUGGAAACAAAUGGCUGAUUGUACAAAUGGUCUUCGUGACGAGUAGCUUAGACGCUAAAGCUUCCAGUUCAUUGCAGGACGAAGUGAAAGAGUUCAAGUUCAGUGCGUCCGUCUGCUGAACGUGUUGUAGGCGUGUAUAUUAGCUCAUAUGCAGAAAAUCAGUGGGAGCUUAUUUGUUUUCAUUUAAGAGGAGGAACGUUGAAGAUACCUGCAGCUGGAGGGUCAAAGUGGACGUUCAUACCUUCUACCUACUCAUAGACCUUUAAAAUCCUGACGCAGGUCGAUUUUUGUUUGACGACUUUGUGCUGAUCGAUUAGUGACGCUCCAGGACAAGAACUGAUGAGACCGAGCAACAGAAAUGAAACCAAAGGAAGGAAAAACCUCCUUCAGCUGAAGGAAGACUCGGAGUAAACGUUCAGACUUGGAGGAUCCAGCUGCAGCCAGACAGCAAGUCUGAGGAUAAAACUGGGCUUUAGUGUAAGAUUUGUCUUAGAAUCUGUAUUUAUUUUGAUUUACACUCUCUGGCUCAGAGCCCAGUAUACAGACCGGGUCAGAACUUGGUUUACAGACAGAGGUCAGAGGUCCAUGUUACUUCCUGGUCUUUAUGGGAAACCAACCAGGACGUCUGCAGUCUUCCCAUGAGUUUAUUUUAUCCUCUGACUGGUCACAUGUGGACAGAACAUCUGCUGUCUGAAACAUGAUGAUGAUUAUUGUUCAUGUCUGUAGCUUUCAUCCAGAAUGAAUGAAUGAAUGAAUGAAUGAAUGAAUGAAUGAAUGAAUGAAUGAACAGGUCACAUUCACUGCAUCACAGUCCACACAGGAGUUAGUUUUAUGUGUUAACCUGCUGAAAGUUUGACAUAAUAAUCUUGUAAAUGACACUGAUAAAGGUUUUUAGUCACUAGGUGUUGAUGGUGUGUGAGAGGCCACGUCGCUGAGCACAGAUCCUCAUGAAGCCGUCUGAUUGGCUCCAGAUGCUUUAUUUCAGCAGCUGAAGUCGGUUCGGUGAAAAUAACUGAACAAAUCCAGCAGUGAGGCUGUAAAUUAACAGCUUAAGCAGAGAAACUUUAGUCCUGAAAGCAUUUCUGGUUCCGACCUCUUGUCAGAAAAUAAAAGUCGGUUUAAGGACGAGACGAGUGGGGAUGCAGAGAACAUGUUUGGCAGAAGCUGACUUAAACUGGAGAAAAGGUAAAGAACCAGAGCAGCAGAACCAGUAAACCUGCAGAUAAACAUCGUGCACAUGAACGCUAACAGGACUCAGACAGGAACAAGACAAGAUCACACAUUUCUGAAGAGAUGGUGAAACUACAGCUCAGUGUUCGAUCACCAAACACUUUUAAAUGUUGCUGCAGCUCAACACAUAACUCACAUAAGACUUCAUGUAUCCUGAGACAGUCAGAGGAUCCUUUAGCAGCAGACAGACACCAGCUGAAGGCUUGUCCCUGAAUUCCACACAACAAAUGAAGCUCUCGCCUGAUUAGGAAACUCCAUGCAGGAUAUUUAUUUGGUAAAUGAUCAACACGUCUUCUGGAGCCACUGACUGUGACUGGCGGUGGUGUUACAUCUUCGUUAUUAGAUCAGUCCAGUGAUCUUCCAUCUGAUCAGGGUCAGGCUUAGUUUCUCCAGAUCUGAGGGGAUUAUUCUGUCUGUUUUUGGUCCCCUGUAACGAACACAGCUUGACAGACAAUAUAUAUUUAAAAAAAUCUAAUUCAAGCUCUUGUCAACCCAGAAUGUUGUGUUAAACACAAAGUGGGUUCUCAGCAGCACAACAGCCUGAGUUCAGUAUCAACACGAAGGAAAAACCCAGUUUAGUUAAACUGAUUUCAUUCUUGAUCCAGUUAAUUUAAUCUUAAGCUUAAUAAAACCUGAUUCUUGGUGUCUGUGUUCAAACACAAAGGGAGCAGUAAUAACACAUGUUGGUCAGUUUGUUCACAAAGCUGCUGCUGUAGAAAGUCUGUAGAUAAUAAAAUGGUGUCUGACGUUAUGGAUCAGCUGCUCAGAACCCUGAAUCAGCACCGACAGCCCGAUUACCAAACAGCUGGUGAAACCCAUUCAGUGUGGUGUUCUGGAACAUCCUGCUGGUACCGAUGCUCACAAGUCUGAGUUGUAAAUAUGCAAAUUGACCAUAAUUUAUUCUUAUGAAAUAAAAACAAACUUUGCUUUUCGA